CUUUCUAGUUCCAUCUCUAAAGCUGUGCCGCGAUUUCUGAGCAUUAUUGCAAUAGUUCGAUCAAUAGCAAAUCAAAUGAGAUAUAUCCAAGAGUACCCAGCUUUUCUUUUUUUUGGGAAUUACUUUUGUAUCUUUACAGUUUGAAGCAUGUCAGAUUCGACCAUUUUUUCUUUUGACUCAGCAGCUGAAUCUCCAAACCUUGGCCAGUCAACGGACAGCAACGUAUCAAACUCUAGCGCGUCUAGCUCCAGUUCUGUUGCUUCUGGAGCAACCAAUUCAUCCUUGGAGUCCAAUUCAGACUUGGAAUCGCCUUCAUCAUCUGAAUCCCCUUCAUCCGAGGAGCGCAAUUUAUCCGCACAUUCCACAUCCCCAUUGCCUUCCAAUUCAUCCUUGCAUUACGAUUUAUCCCCGGAAACUAGUAUCAGUGUCACUUCCACCGACGGAUCCAACUUUCUGCUGUCCCCCCAGAACGGUAGCUCCUUAUCCGUGGUAAACUUUUCCGUACCGAAUGACGAUACUCCCUCGCAGCUUAGAUCACUUUCCCGUAAUUUAGACCAAAUGGAAGAAAAUUUGGAUCGCAUUAGUAGCUACUGCGACCAAGUUGUGUCACUGAUCCGAAACGACAAUCCACCAACAUCUACCUCAACGCCAUCAGUAGUGCGUAAUAACCGUCAUAGAAGUUCUAUUAGUCCAGUAGAAGUGAUAGAUCUGUCCCUGCUGGAAUAUGUACCUCCGGUUCGAUCCGCCCGCAAUCGUGCCCCCGACGCUGUAAUCGAUUUGUGCACCCCAGACGGAAGAAGAAGCCGACUAGGUGAUCGUCAAUCAAAUGACUCCUUUACUCCAUCAUCCAAUCGGCGCCGCUUCACAGUUCAGUCGGCCCCAAUUUUUCCAGUAGUGGAUCUCGACGAUGUGUCGCCACCCAAACGCCAUCAACGCGAUCCCGACCUGUCCCAGAGAGAGGACUCGUACAAAUGCCCGGUUUGCAUGGAGGCUGUGAGCAAGCGCGAGCCAGUUUCGACCAAAUGCGGACACGUUUUUUGUCGUGAAUGCAUCCAGACUGCCAUCAGUUCUACUCAUAAAUGCCCGAUGUGCAACAAAAAGCUAUCAGCACGCCAAUAUUUUCGCAUUUAUCUGUGAGGUGCUUGUUUUGGAUGUCUUUGUAUAUGCUCUGCGAGCCACAUAAAAUGAUUUAUUUCUUUGGAAAAUGUUUAAGACGGCAAAUGACUGCUUGCUCUUGUGAUUUAUGUACGAGUAUUUUUAAGUUUAUAUAUGUAAUAAAUUUUCCCAAAAAAUGAUCCGUAA